GGCGGGCGGCGGCGGCGACCGUGCGGUCGGCGCCACUGGUGACGCGUACCAUGUGGCGGACGGCCGCCGCGCUGCUGCUGCUGCUGGCCGCGCCGGCGGCCGGCGUGCGCCACAUCCGCAUCCUGCAGCCCGUCCGCAAGAUGCGUAGCUCGCUUCUUUGGCUGCGGCACGAGGACGCCGCGCUGUCGGGGCGUCGGUCGCCCCGCGCGCUGGCACUGCGACCGGUGUUGCGCGGCCGGACGGCGCUGCGCGGCCCCGGCGGCUGGACGCUGGGCCGCGCCGCUCUUACCGUCUCCACGGCGCCGGACCGCUCGUCCGAUGCCGAUGCCGGGUGGCUGAGGCCGCGUGCACCGGCGGCCGCCUGGAUACGGCCGCCGCUCCGCCGCACUCGUCACCCGCAGCCGCUCCGACGACCCCAUCACCGGCCGCUGUGGCUGCCCAGCCGGCCGCCGCUGCGACUCAAGCCGGCGGACAUCUGGAGUAGUCACGCGUUCCAGCCGUUACCGGAGGAGCUGACGGAGAAAGAUACAGCAAAAGCGGGACGGCUGUUCAAACGAGCUUUCUCAGGAAACAAACACAGAGGGCCCGUGAUCCGCGUCUCGCUGAGGCGGAACGACACGGACAGUCGCAAGCUGGAGCGGAUCUCGAGGUUGACACAACGGGACCGGGCGAGGUCGCAGCGCGUGAAAGGUGGACGUGACCCCCGCUUAAGCCGAAUCCGUCAGCGGCAGGACACCGCCGCCGACACCGUGCGCGACACGGGCAGCAGCGAGAAGAAACGCGACGUCCGGGUCCGCGUCAACUUCGGCGGAGGAGCGGAGUUCACUAUCGGGGCACGGCACGUCGAUAAGAAGACCGGCAUCGAGCAGGCGACGCGAAUUCGGCAGAAGUCCCAGAACGAUACUGAGCUCCACUCUGCCAAACGAUCGGAGAACGCCACACACACUUUGGAGAGGGACAAAACGACGGUGAAAAAGGUCAACGUGGAGACUACAGAUUUAGACCAGGGAAUCACACUCAGUGAUUCUGGUCAUGGAAAGAUCGUAGAGGAACACCACAGCCCUUCCAAAACCACCCACGAGGACUGGGUGUCCAUAAAGGGGCCCGAACAGUCACCAGUCCCCAGGUCAGCUUCAGUACAGCCAUCUUCUCCCAAAUCACAUCCGGAACAGACCUCCUCGAAGUCAACUCAAGACCAGUCAUCCUCUCCUAAAUCAGAUCCCAAAACGCCACACAGAAGGCCCGAUCUUAUCAUGUCAUCCUCUUCCAAAGCAGGUCCGAGCAUGCCACCGCCUCGUAAUAUGCAGUCCAAUAUUUUCACCAGAUCAGGCCGCGGUGCGCCUUCUCCCGAAUCAGAUGACGUCACGACCCCAUCCCAAAGCUCGGGCACAAAUAGGUGGUUAUCCCCAAGCUCGCCUUCAGACACCGCAUCGGCUCCCAAGUUAGGUCCAGACACGUUAUCAUCUCCCCACUCAGAUGGAUACAUAUUGCCGUUUCCCAAAUCAGCUCAACGCCAGCCGGCUCCGCCGAAAUCAAGGCAAAAGUGGUCGUCAUCUCAGCGGGGACCGCAGGGGUCCCAGCAAAAGAAACCGCCACCGCAGCGGGAGGGGCUGAGAUCACAACGGUCCGGGCCGAGACCGCCACUGAGGAGGCUGAGAUCACAGCGGCCGGGGCCGAGACCGCGAGUGGGACGGCUGAGAUCGCAACGGCCGGGGCCGAGAUCGCGACUGAGGUGGCUGAGAUCACAGCGGCAGGGGCCGAGACCGCGAGUGGGACGGCUGAGAUCGCAGCGGCAGGGGCCGAGACCACGACUGGGGCAGCUGAGAUCACAGCGGCAGGGGCCGAGACUGCGAGUGGGACGUCUGAGAUCACAGCGGCAGGGGCCGAGACCGCGACUGAGGCAGCUGGGACCUCAGCCGAAGUGGCCGACAGCCGUCCGCACAGCCCAGCGUCUGACUGGCGCUGUGGUUGUGAUCACCCGCCGCCACCGUCGCCCAGUCCACGGCCAUGGUUAGUGCACACCACAUGGUGUCCGGUCUCCGCUGGAGAUGUCCGAGGGGGACCAAGGCGAGGCUGCGUGGCGGAGGAAUAUACUCCUGAAUGCAGUGUCUAUUACAGCCACGGUUCUUGAAGUAGUGCAGAUAGGGUAUCCAUUUUUAAUUCAGCUAAUGAGCUGUAUCAUGGAUGCAGAAUGGCACUAGAAGUUGGCAACAGGGUGAAAAAAGCUUCUGAUUUACCGGAUGUGAUCGGUAACAAAAACUGAACUUUUGUGAGCCAACUGUUGACAAAUUUACGAAAACGCAAACAAAUUUCAACAGACCAAACCAUAUUAAAACAUACCAUACCAGCUAGACGAAACUCAAAGCUUAGUAUUGGCUGUACUCGCCAACGCUUGCAGCGUGAGCAUGUGUAGAACACAUGUCAAAACGUUGACGUUUCGUUGUAUGAGCGAGUUGAGCCCUAGCUGCUACCAAACAUGAUAGCUUUUAUCGGGUUGGUUUAAGCAGGUGACUUAAAUAUACAACAAACUAUACUGUAUCAGCGCUAACGUCAAAGAACAGUGGUAACACAGUGCUUUUCCAAUGCUCCUCAGAUAAGUGCUUUUCACAGGUUUUCUUCAGCCAAGAUUCACUUCACAUGCUUAACAGUAUAUAAUACCGAAUAACUAAGCUUAGUACUAGUCGUAAGAAUUGUGGAUGGCUGCAGCAUCUUGCAGGCGAACUUGAUCAGUUCGAUACAAGGUGUUUUAAAGCAUCGUGCCAUUUGAGACAAACCGGGCUCCAAUGCUCGCCGCGCAGUAAUGCGUUGGGUUUAGCACAGGGAUGCGGGCUGCUGUUGGCUGUGUUCAUGCUGUGAGAAGCCGACUGGCUAUGCAAACGUGGAUAAUCGUCAGUCUUUUUUAAUGUAAUAGCGUUAAAAAGCCCUGCCGAUCCAGGAGGAUUGCUGUUUGUGGAUACCCGAAGUGUAACUUCAGAGGUAAACUGAGGACGUUGGAGCGACACAUGUCAAGGAUUCAGCCAGGGCUUCCUGCUGCUGUGAGAAACAGCGGCUUUAAGAUAAGAGGCCCAACAUCGCUGGUAUAGGCUUCCCACACUGCCCGUUGUGCCUCAGGCUUAGCGUACUGAUCGGUGGGCAUCGUGUACUGAUCGUGAGAUAAAACGCUUUGUAUUGCCAUCAUAUUGCAAAAAAGCUAAAUGAACGUGCUAGAGAUGUGCAAAAAUGUCGUUUGCACCUGUCCAUACCAAUAUUGUAUGGAGUUUUGCUUUAAACAAUUGGAUCAUGUUAGGAAGUGCGAGUUCUGCAUCGGUAAUGGUUAUGUGAAGAUCAUAAAGGUUCUCAACGCGUCCCACUGAUUUUGCGACGACGUCACGAAACCAAAAGGGAUAUUGUUGUCAGUAGGGGUGAGGGAUAGGAGGGGGAGGGAGUGCAGGAAGAAAAAAGUGCUUGGGCCUGCCUUUGAAAUGCACUUAAAACAGCUUUAACCCUGGAUUGGUCGCCUUUUUUAACAGUGGAGAGUAAGAGUGUAGUUUCUCAAAACAAGUUUUUGGGGCUGAACCAAAAAAUUAUGAUUAAUGAAAAAUAAUGGCUAAAAAGCGAUAACUAAAAAUGGGAAACUACAUCUCUGGUUAGAAUGCACAAUCCCCGCUCCCCCUAAUAGGGAAACUGUUUAUAUCUCCCAAAUAGAAAACAUAAAAGUUGCCAGUAAAUGCAACUCUAGUGCAAAUGAACUCCCGAAACAAAAAUGUUUGAUGGGUAUGCCGCAUUACAUUAAAUUUGUCUUUGCCUUCGUGGUUUAUUGCAUUUUGAGUUAUAUUGCAACGGUUGCUGGAUGACUUGGCUCCCGGCGACAGCUUGGUUCUAAACUUCGUUGGUGGCAGAAAAGGUACUUUUUCACCCCUGGUUGGCAAGGCAAAGCUGGUAGAAUGAGAGUCGCUCAAAAGGGAUAUGCUAAAAUUUGAGUGGCAAAACGUUUGUUUCGGUGGAAGUCAGCAAAGUUGCUGCAACACGUACCAUACCACCUUCUCCAACUAGCGACCUGCCAUUGCACCCUGUUAAUGCUACGGUUUGCACACUACACUUUGCACACAAACACGAGCAUUUUCGUACCUAUUUGUCAACAUAUUUACUCCAGGUGUAGACUGCAGCUUCAUGUCGAUCCCAUCGUUUUUGUUAGUUUGUCUGAACGGCAAUACAGUGGUCUUUGAAGCAUAUCAUCGGCUUAAAAGAGAUGGAAGGUGCCACAAUUUUCAGAAGUUGAAGUCCAAGGCCAAACUAGGGCCAGCAUAUGUACAUCAUCGACUUUCAACGUUAUGCUCAUGUAUGUUUCAAGUAAAUGCAGGCAGUCAGCGUUCAGACACACUUUUUCAAGCAUCAUACUCCGCACACACUUCGUUAGAACACGACGAAAGUAGAGUUCGCAAAGUUAUUGUGUACUGUCAUCGUCUGUUACCUCCUUAUCGAUAUUCCACGUGACUCUAAAACUGGUAGAAACGUGCCUAGGACACAUAACAACCACGUAGGCAAGCAGUCCAGUUUGAAGAGGGUGCCGUGUUGAGAUGAGAACCGACCUACCCGCGGUCGAUUUGUCGUGGAAUGACGCAAGAUAAUUCCAAUUUCACCGCAUGCGAAUGCCAGUGAAACGACUCGCCGCAAAGUCCACGCCGAUUUCCGACUCAGUAGCAGUGACCUUCGAUGGCAAGCGUGCAUUAUCCAUCUAUCUUCAGGUGAGAACUAAUGCCCGGCGCAGCUCCAUGGCCAUUCAGGCGAACAGCACAGCGAAUGUCAGAGACAAACUGUCAGGAUGGAGUGUGCAGUGCACUGGUACAGCGCGGGAUUGACGAGGGCCAGGCGCGGCCGGCCGCACCUCCAGAACAUAGCGGCGCCGGAUGACAAUUAUUAUUUCGU